UUAUUUUCAAAAAAAGUGACACAUUUCCUAUCCUUUAAUUGCGAGUGUACUAGUCUCAUUGUAUUUAUUUUUAAAACCGUGCUUUUUUACUGAAGCUUAAUUUUAGUGAUAUUUCAUACUUUGUAAUGAAUACAGUUGUUCAAGUAGUGCUAAUGCUAGCAGUAACCAGUCGAGUGUCUUCCUGAUAAAGGCGGCGUCUUGUCCAGGGUGUACCCCGCCUAGCGCCCAAAUGCAGCUGAGAGGCUACAGCAACCCCCUGCAACCCCGAAAGGGACAAGCGCAGCGCACUUUCGACUUAUGGCAACAGAUGUGUGUUCCUACUUCCGGAUACAAAGAGGAUGAACUACUGAAGCGAACUACUAGAAGCGAGCACGAAGGAAGAGUGAGACGUUGGAGCAGACGGAAGCCGAGAGAGUGAGGAGGUGAUCGGAAUAAGAAAUCGGACCAAGGAGACCAACCAUUGAGACGAGAGAGCAGACUGCAGACCCCUGUUGAACCAUGUCAAGCUAUCUGGAAGACGCGUGUUAAUUAGGUAGCUGAGAAUAAAACCGGCUCAUCUGGAGAGAGGCGGUGCAUUCUGGAGCGAGAUGGCUAACGGAAAGGUUCUGCUGCUCCUGCAUGGACUUCUCCUGGCGGCGGUGACUCGGCCCACUCUGCAAGGAGGGGUGUACGUACCGCCAGGCGCUGGGAUAGGCACGGGACCAGGAACUGGAUACUAUCCAGGGUCAACUGGAGGAGUGCCUGCCGGCUAUAAACCAGCCAAAGCAGCGAGUUAUGGAGGUGGAGGGCAAGGUGGCGUUCCCGGAGGUUAUGGAGGUGGAGGGCAAGGAGGCGUUCCCGGAGGUCUGGUCCCUGGAGGCUUUGGUCCUGGAGGACUCGGAACAGGACAAGGCGGGAAAGGCCCUAAACCAGGUUAUGGCAAUCUUGGAGCUGGCGGUCUUGGAGCGGGUGGUUAUGGGCCCGGAGUCCUAGGUGGCGUGCUCUCUUUCCAAGCAGGCGGUUAUGAAGGAUACGGUGCAAGCCCAGUUGGGAGCUUCCCAGGUGCUGGACAGAAGGCUGGUAAACGAGGUGCUGGAGGCCAAUUUCUACCAUUUGGAGGAGCAGGGACCGGAACUCUCCCUGGUGGAGGACCUGGUCAGACGGGUGUUUCAGGAGGGGCUGGUCCUGGAUUCGGGAAGCAAGCCUCCAAACUACCAGGUGUGGAUGUACCUGGGCUUUACCAAGGUGGACUGGUCCCGGGAAAUGGCUUUGGUAGUCGAGGAGUUCUACCAGGCGUCGCCACUGGCACCGGCCUCAGUCAAAAAUCACUUGGAGGCGCUGGACCGGGUGGUGCAGGAACAGGCUACAAUGGACAAAUGCAGCCCGGAGUGUUCCAUGGAUACCCUCUCAAAUCGCCCAAAACACAAGGUGGCUACGGAGCAAAACCUGGAGGUGGCAAACUUCCCUUUGGCUACGGGGGCUUUGGCAAUCAAGGGGCUGGGCUCCCAGGAGGUAAAGGUGGCCCCGGGUCCAGGCCUGGAUACCCUGUUGGAACCGGAGUUGGCGUUGGGGCCAUCUCACCUGCACAGGCUAAAUCUGCCAAAUAUGGUGCUGGGGGUCUCGGAGCUGUCGCCGGUGGUUAUGGUGGUGCUGGGGGCGCAGGUGGACUAUAUCCAGGGCAAAUACCAGGAGCAGCGGGCUAUGGAGCAGCAGCCAAGGCUGCCAAAUAUGGAGGCGUGCCUGGGAGUGUACCCGGCGGUGUGCCUUGGGGUGUACCAGGCGGCGUGCCAGGGGGUGUACCCGGCGGCGUGCCUGGGGGUGUACCCGGCGGCGUGCCUUGGGGUGUACCAGGCGGUGUACCAGGGGGCGUACCUGGGGGUGUGCCAGGCAGUGUGCCAGGAUUUGGUGGAUAUCAGCCCUCAGCCAAAGCAGCUAAAUAUGGUGGCGUGCAGGGUGGCGUGCAGGGUGGCGCGCAGGGUGGCGCACAGGGUGGCGUGCCAGGUGGUGUACCAGGUGGUGUGCCAGGGUUUGCUGGUUAUUCACAAGCAGCCAAAGCAGCUAAAUACGGAGGACAGGUACCGGGUGGUGUACCAAGGUUUGGUGGUUAUUCGCCACCGUCCACUGGAGUUAAUUAUGGCGGCGUGCCAGGCGGCGUGCCAGGCGGCGUGCCAGGCGGCGUGCCAGGCGGCGUGCCAGGCGGCGUGCCAGGCGGCGUGCCAGGCGGCGUGCCAGGCGGAUUUGGUGGUUAUUCACCAGCAGCCAAAGCAGCUAAAUAUGGUGGCGUACCUGGUGGCGUACCUGGUGGCGUACCUGGUGGCGUACCCGGUGGCGUACCCGGUGGCGUACCCGGUGGCGUACCCGGUGGCGUACCCGGUGGCGUGCCCGGUGGCGUGCCCGGUGGCGUUCCAUGGUUUGGUGGUUAUUCUCCAGCAGCCAAAGCAGCUAAAUAUGGUGGUGUGCCCGGUGGUGUGCCCGGUGGUGUACCUGGUGGUGUGCCCGGUGGUGUACCAGGAGGGGCACCAUAUGCAGUGCCGGGAGGAUAUCCAAGACCAGGAACUGGUGCAUACUCACCAGCCGCCAAAGCAGCAAAAUAUGGAGCAGGGUUAGGACAAGGAGCUGGUUUAGGACAAGGAGCUGGUUUAGGACCAGGAGCUGGUUUAGGACCAGGUGGAGUCGCAGGUGGACAAUAUCCUGGUGCUGCGGCAAAAGCUGCCAAAUAUGGAGGAGCCGGGUUAGGAGGAGGAGCUGGUUUAGGACCAGGAGCUGGUUUAGGACCAGGAGCUGGUUUAGGACCAGGAGCUGGUUUGGUACCAGGAGGAGUCGCAGGUGGACAAUAUCCUGGUGCUGCUGCAAAAGCUGCCAAAUAUGGAGCAGGGUUAGGAGGAGGAGCUGGUUUUGGACCAGGAGCUGGUUUUGGACCAGGAGCUGGUUUAGGACCAGGAGCUGGUUUUGGACCAGGAGCUGGUUUUGGACCAGGAGCUGGUUUAGGGCCAGGAGGAGUUGGAGGUGGACAAUAUCCUGGUGCUGCGGCAAAAGCUGCCAAAUAUGGAGGAGCAGGGUUAGGCCGAGGAGCUGGUUUAGGACCAGGAGCUGGAUUAGGACCAGGAGGAGUCGCAGGUGGACAAUAUCCUGGUGCUGCGGCAAAAGCUGCCAAAUAUGGAGGAGCAGGAGCAGGGUUCGGAGGAGGAGCUGGUUUAGGACCAGGAGCUGGUUUAGGGCCAGGAGGAGUCGCAGGUGGACAAUAUCCUGGUGCUGCUGCAAAAGCUGCCAAAUAUGGAGCAGGGUUAGGAGGAGGAGCUGGUUUAGGAGGAGGAGCUGGUUUAGGAGGAGGAGCUGGUUUAGGACCAGGAGCUGGUUUAGGACCAGGAGGAGUCGCAGGUGGACAAUAUCCUGGUGCUGCGGCAAAAGCUGCCAAAUAUGGAGCAGGGUUAGGAGGAGGAGCUGGUUUAGGACCAGGAGCUGGUUUAGGACCAGGAGCUGGUUUAGGACCAGGAGGAGUCGCAGGUGGACAAUAUCCUGGCGCUGCGGCAAAAGCUGCCAAAUAUGGAGCUGGAGGACUGGGAGGAGCAGGACUAGGAGCUGGUUUGGUACCAGGAGGAGUCGGAGGUGGACAAUACCCUGGUGCUGCUGCAAAAGCUGCUAAAUAUGGGGUUGCUGGACCAGGGGCAGGGUUUGGAGCCGGAGGACAAGGAGGAACUGGACCGGGAGUAGGAGGAGCUGUUUUGGUACCAGGUGGAGUCGGAGCUGGACAAUACCCUGGUGCUGCUGCAAAAGCUGCUAAAUAUGGAAGCCUUGGGGGAACAGGAGUAGGCGGAGGAGCCGGUUUAGUACCCGGAGGUGGACAAUAUCCUGGUGCUGCUGCAAAAGCUGCCAAAUAUGGGGGAGCAGGAGCAGGGUUAGGAGGCGGAGGACUGGGAGGAGCAGGACCAGGAGCUGGUUUAGGACCAGGAGGAGUCGGAGGCGGACAAUAUCCUGGCGCUGCUGCAAAAGCUGCUAAAUAUGGGGCUGCUGGAGCAGGAUUUGGACCAGGAGUAGGAGGAGCUGGUUUGGUACCAGGAGGAGUCGGAGGUGGACAAUAUCCUGGUGCUGCUGCAAAAGCUGCCAAAUAUGGGGCUGCUGGAGCAGGAACUGGACCAGGAGUAGGAGGAGCUGGUUUGGUACCAGGAGGAGUCGGAGGCGGACAAUACCCUGGUGCUGCUGCAAAAGCUGCUAAAUAUGACGGAGCAGGAGCAGGGUUAGGAGGCGCAGGACUGGGAGGAGCAGGACCAGGAGCUGGUUUAGUACCAGGAGGAGUCGGAGGCGGACAAUACCCUGGUGCUGCUGCAAAAGCUGCUAAAUACGCAGGAGCAGGGUUGGGAACAGGAAGCCUUGGGGGAACAGGAGUGGGAGGAGGAGCUGGUUUAGUACCAGGAGGUGGACAAUAUCCUGGUGCUGCUGCAAAAGCUGCUAAAUAUGAAGGAGCUGCAGGGGGAGUCGGCCCCGGGGGUGUCGGCCCCGGGGGUGUCGGCCCCGGGGGUGUCGGCCCCGGCGGUGUCGGCCCGGGCGGAGUCGCCGGUGGUCAGUACCCAUCUGUGCCGGGGGCAACGCCCCAUCCGGCUGCUAGCAACCUCCCGGGUGGUUCUGCCGGUGUGCUGCCAGGUGGUACUGGUGUUCCUGUAAAGCCACCUAAGAGCUUUGAUCCUUCUGGAACCAGUGGUCCAGGGUCCACAGCUAUUGCCACAAAUGUCAAUGCACCAGAGCUCCCACAGCCCACUGGCACUAAAGGUCAAGGCCCGCCUGUUGCACCUGGGCCACAGCAACCUUCUGGUGGCGGAGCAGGUGUUGGUGCAGGUGCUUACCCGUAUGGAGUUCCUUACGGAGCCGGAACCGGUAUCGGAACCGGAACCGGAGCAGCCGUGCUCCCUGGCGCCAAGCCUUUGAAACCUCCCGCUGUGGGAAUCCCCCUGUCAGGAGCAGGAUAUCAAGCGGGAUACGGUCCAUAUCAAGGAGGGUAUGGACAGGGUGGUUUGCCGUAUCCCUCCGCAGUCGGACUGGGUGGUGCUGGGAGAGGAGCUAAAGCACCAAAACCAGGCUAUGGAAAUCUUGGAGGAGGUGGUGGUGGAUAUCAGCCUCAGCCAGGUGGAUAUGUCCCCGCCCCCCUGACUCCUCAACAAGCCAAAGCAGCAAAGUACAAUGCCAAUCCAUUGCAAGGCUUCCUUGGCGGCGCAGGGGGCGGAGCCUACAGAGGCGCAGCAGGAUCCUGCCAGGGGAAAUACUGCGGCAGGAGGAAGUAGAUGAACCUCCCGAUGUGACCAGAAGGAACCACGGUGCUACUGCAUGAACUAGAAUGUACAUUUUAUACACAAACAUUCAAUGUUUUUUUUACUUACUUGACUCCUGCUCUCAUGCAAACCCACCGACCAAGAAUUUAGUACCCCCCCCCCCCAAACCCCCCAACCCCCAAUGUAUCACCAAUAGUGCCUUGUUGUUACUUAUGCAAAGUGUGUGUUCUUGUUGUGUGAAACGCAGCACUGAACCUCUCUGCCUUCAACCUUUGAGCAAGGCAAACUGAAAUGUUGCAGCACACAACCUCUCUGACCCGUGAGAAGGCUGUUUUUUUUUUUGUUUGUGGCCGAUCUCAGCAUGUUCUCCAUCCCUCCUUCUUCCUCGCUGCUAUUUUUAGCCCCGUGGGGUAUAAAGCAGUUGGGAACGGGACUCAGGCCGGCCCAUCUGCUCUCAUUAACUUUUUUGCUGAAGCAUUUCUCUGCUCGUCCGUGCCUUUCUUCGACAUCAGUCGUGUUGCAAUUUGUAUUUUCACCCCCUGGAAUGUUUGAUUAGGGCGGCGAAUGCUUAGUCAUGUGUCACUUUUCCCACUUUAGGAGUUUUAUGGACAGGUUCUUUUUACACACGUUGACUCAAAAAAGUGUAUUCCCUUGUUUAACAAGGGCACCCAAACCCCAUUUUUUUAUUUACUUGAGCUGCUUUAUGGAUUUAAAGGAAUAAAAAGGCUUAACUGACCAAAGGUUCAUAGGUGCUUCCUAUAAUUGUGUACUGUAUUUUGUACUAAUAUGAAGGUUGCUGGCAUAUUGUUGAUGUGCCAUGAGAAACACUUCAUCUUUAUUUAAAACUAUUUCUAUAAGGAGGAAUAGUGUGGUUUUGCACUUUUUUUUAAAAAUUUGUUUCCACGACACACAUGACUUGAUAUAAUCCGCCAUUGUAUUUGCUUCAUUAAAUACUAAAUAAAAUGUGUUUA